UCGGCGAGUCCCCAUCAGACUUGAAGUUCGGCUCCGCUCACCAUCUCAUCUUCCCUUCCCACAGCGUAUCGCCAUUCCAGCUCUCGAAUCCCGUGAUGGACGCUAUCAAGGCGGAGAAGGAGAUAGCCAUGAAGCGAUUUCGCCGUCUCCGGCAGAUCGGACAGCUCCUACGCUGCAUCGAAGCAGCGGCGGCCCUCAUCCUCCUCUCCUACUCCUCCAUCCACAUCCCAGCCGCCGCUCGGAACUCCGGCGAAUUCCUCCAUCGCGCCGCCGUCAUUUUUAUCAGCCCCCGCUUCGUCUUCCUCUUAGGCAACGCUAUCGUCCUCGUCCUGCUCAAGUCCUGCCACUUCUCACCGGAAUCUGCCGCCGCCGGAAGUGGAAUCGGCAACAUCUGUGGCGAGAUUUCGUACUCGCAGCCACCGAUUUUAGGAACGGUGGCGGAGGACGGAAAGACGACGUCCUAUGAGAAUCGUGCUUUCCGGCGAAGCCGAUCGGAGAAACACGAGAGGCGUCGUGAGGAGGUGAAGCUCCGCCGAGCGGCGACGGAGUGUCUUCGAAAAGGGCGAAAGGCGCACGAUAGAGAAAAGGUUGCGGCGCAGGAUAGUGUCGGUUUGAAGGAUGAAGUGGACGCGGAGGAGUUUCGGCGCACGGUCGAGGAGUUCAUUGCGAGGCAGCAGCGAUUUCGAAGGGAGGAGUCGCUCGCCGUCGUGGCUACUUCCGAUGGGCCGGAGGAUCUGGUUCCUUUAUGACUGUAACAGGAAAUUAAAUUGGCCUUUUAAGAUUUUCAAUUUUCUUGUACAUUUGUAUCGCAAUAGAGCUCCGCCAGGGAGCUACUUUUUCUUCUUCUUUUUGGGGGAGCGACAGUAAAUAAAUAAAUGUGCAAAAGCUCUGCAGUCA